UUCUGGCCAUGCUUAUUUUAAUGCCCGAUCUUGUUGCUGAGUCUAAUUAGAAAAAGCAUGGGCCAUGUUCAUGUAGUCACCUAUUCGUCCUUUCCAAUUUUCCACAAUUCUUUCCCGCGUUCCAUCUUAGAAAUAAAAAUUGAAACUCCAAAGACUGAAGUUCAGAAUCCGCAAAGGGAAGUCUUCCAAAGACCACAAAUGACUAUUGUCUAGAUAAAGCUGAGUCAGUCGAUUUCUAUCGCCCCACUCUUUUUUUUAUGCCCUCCAUUAAAGUCUUUGCCGAGAAAGUGUAGGAUGCUUUUGAUUCCCGUCAACAUGAAGAAAUCAACUCAAUGGGAGGAAGACUUGGAUGGAUUUAUGUUGUUGCUGCUUCAAUCCCGCGACCCCCCAGUCAGGCAGCAGUGUAUUUUAAAUCAGGCACUCCGGCAUGAUAUCAACCAAUCAAGCUCCAACAAGAACAAGUCUGCCUCAGCUGCCGCAACCCCAGCUCAAACACCCCGUACCUCCAUCCACGAGGAGCGCCCUUCCACUCAAGUACAGACCAAGGAUGAUACGAUCUACCAGGCGAUGCAGAAGGUCGCAAACAACAGCAUGAACUCUGCUUUUUACCUCCAAUAAGACGGAGAAAGAGAGAAGCAGAACAUCCCGCGCCUGCUCUCUUCCAAGCCUAUCAAAAAUUACAUAUCUAAUAACUUCUAUCUGCAUUCAAUUAUAUACACUUAAAUGUAACAACAACCUUCUACUCUUAUACAUCAAAAUUUUUAAAUAAUACCUAUAAUGAUUUACAUAACUUUGCAGACAAUAACAUGACAGAUGCUUGUUGCGAUUAGCAGUCAUUUAUAUGGGUGUUAAGAUAUUUAUCCACUUUUAUUUAACGAGAAUUCCUGGGUCAUAAUAAAUACAUCAUUCUUUCGCUCUCAUUACUUAUUAUGCUACUGGUAUACUUCAAUAGUUUUCUUUAGAGUUUUCAAUAUCAAUAUCUGUUAGCUUUUUUUUAAUCGCAAUG